UUGCUACGGGCGACCGUAGGCUCUAGUUUCUCGGUAGUGGAUUCAAAGGGUCUGAGAACAGCACCUUCCCAGAGUGCUGCGCGACAACGCCUGCUGGUUUGCUGUCAUGGCCGGGGUGCUGAAAAAGACCACCGGUCUCGUUGGACUGGCAGUAUGUGAGACCCCACGGGAGCGACUAAAGUUGCUAUAUUCAAAGAUUCUCGAUGCUCUUGAACUUAUCCCUGCAAAUGCGGCCUAUAGAAAGUACACUGAACAGAUUACAAAUGAAAGGUUGAAUAUGGUGAAAGAGGAAACAGAUCUUCAGAAACUAGAGGAUAAACUUCAAGCUGGACAACUAGAAGAAGUUAUUCUUCAGGCUGAAAAUGAAUUAUUACUGGCAAGAAAAAUGUUGACAUGGAAACCCUGGGAGCCUUUAGUGGAAGAACCACCAGCCAACCAGUGGAAAUGGCCAUUAUAAUCAAUGUUAAAAAUCUGUGAUAUACAAUUUUUUUAAGCCAUUAAACAUCUGUUUAAAUACUAUUAAAAUAUUUUUUGGAUUACUGGAAUUUUAUUAAUAGGAAAAUGAAACAAGGUAGUCAGGGACAUAAAUUAGUGAAGGAUUAAUAUGUGAUAGGAUGGAACAUAGUCAUUUUAAUUCGAAAAGCAUUUAUUCAUAAAAUAGAUUAUUUUGAAAUUCCCUUAAAGAAAAUGAUUGCACUGUCAUUUGGAAAAUUGAAUCAGAAAUUGUUUUAAGCAAAUCUUCAGUCCAGAAGAGACUAAUGUCUAAGGCAUGAGAAACAAUCAGAAAUUUGAGUAUAAUCUGGAUAGGUAUAAGGAAGAUUUACUUUGGUAUUUUUCAACAUUUAGUUUAAAAGUUUGUGCCAAGUAAUAUUAAUUUCUAGAAAAGAACUGAUGUAUGCUUGAAUUUUAAUUGAACACUUUUAAAAUGAUGAAUUAUUAUAUGGCAAGCUUCUAAUUAGCCAAGAUUCUAAAACUUUUUAAUUGAAUGUUUUUAUAUAAUUACAUGCAUUUUUCCACAUUAUAAUAGUAAAGUAAUAAUGAGAUUUUCAAAUUGAGAUUGACAUCGUUGGCUUUGAGUGUAUUUAAUGAAGAAAAAUCUAAAUUUAAUAUAUUCAAAUUUGUCUUAUGUAUAUUAAACUGAAGUGUUUGCUGAA